AUGACAGUGGGCUGGCAGUGGGCUGGUACUGCCCCUGGCCCAACUGUUCUCUGGGAUAAAUGGCUUAAAGGGCGUUUGCAACUGGAGCACAAGGGCUACGGGAAGCUGCCGGUCCUGGAGUCCAGCUCGUCUCCUGGUGACCUGUCCCGCCCACACCACAUGGUCUCGGUCCCCAACAGGUUUCCUCGAUGGUUCACCCUGAGCCACAUCGAGUCCCAGCAGUGUGAGCUGGCCUCCACCAUGCUCACUGCAGCUAAAGGUGACAGUCGUCGGCUGGAGACGGUGCUGGAGUCCAUCCAGAAGAACAUUCACUCCUCGUCUCACAUUUUCAAACUGGCUCAAGAUGCUUUUAAGAUCGCGACCCUCAUGGACUCUCUCCCCGACAUCACUCUGCUCAAGGUGUCUCUGGAGCUGGGGCUGCAGGUGAUGAGAAUAACGUUGUCGACUCUGAACUGGAGACGGAGAGAGAUGGUUCGGUGGCUCGUCACAUGUGCCACAGAAGUGGGUGUGUAUGCCUUGGACAGCAUCAUGCAGAGUUGGUUCACUCUCUUCACUCCGACUGAGGCCACUUCCGUGGUUGCCACGUCUGUGAUGUCGAACAGCACGAUGGUGCGUCUGCGUCUGGACGGGCUGCAGCAGGAGAACCUGGCAACGUCGGCGCGCACGCUGGCGCUGCAGUGCGCCAUGAAGGACCCUCAGAGCUGCGCGCUGUCUGCGCUCACACUGUGUGAGAAGGACCAUGUGGCCUUCGAGACGGCGUACCAGAUCGUGCUGGACGCCGCGGCUACGGGCAUGAGCUACACGCAGCUGUUCACCAUCGCGCGCUACAUGGAGCACCGCGGCUUCCCCGUGCGCGCGUACAAGCUAGCCACGUUAGCCAUGGCGCACCUCAACCUCAGCUACAACCAGGACACUCACCCCGCCAUCAACGACGUGCUGUGGGCCUGCGCGCUCAGCCACUCUCUGGGGAAGAGCGAGCUGGCGGCUGUCAUCCCCCUGGUGGUGAAGAGCGUGAAGUGCGCCACGGUGCUGUCGGACAUCCUGCGGCGCUGCACGCUGCCGUCCCCGGGGCUGGUGUCGCUGCACGGACGCAGACACUCGCUCAAACUCAUGUCUCUGGACAAAGCGCCGCUGCGGCAGCUGCUGGACGCCACCAUCGGCGCCUACAUCAACACCACGCACUCGCGCCUCACACACAUCAGCCCACGCCACUACAGCGAGUUCAUCGAGUUCUUGGGGAAGGCGCGCGAGACGUUCAUGAUGGCGCACGACGGACACCUGCAGUUCUCUCAGUUCAUAGACAACCUGAAGCAGAUCUACAAAGGCAAGAAGAAGCUCAUGAUGCUGGUGCGAGAGCGCUUCGGCUGA